CUUGUUUUAUUCUGGCCACCAAGGUAUGUACUCUCAGAGUUGUUACUUGUUUAUCUAUUUGUGUGUGAAAGAAUGUGCAAGUGGGUGAAUGCAUGUGCCAUGUAGAUGUCAGAGAACAACUUACAGGAGUUGGGUCUCUUCUUCCACUAUAUGGGUACUGAGGCUUGAACUCAGGUCUUCAGGCUUUGCGGCAAGCUCCUUUACUCACUGAGCCAUAUUGGCAGCCUCGAAGGUGAUAUUUUAAUAUAGACCUGGAGACUGAGAAUGGUCAAAUGAUGCCAACAUAUGGAAGGAACAGAACUGUGUAUAUGCAAAGACCCUGGGGAGGGCAUGCUGGCUGCUUGGGCGGGGGGGAGAAUGUUGAGGAUCAUGGGAACCUCUUGGAAGAAUAAAGGGAAAUGUGUAUGGAGAUGUAGCCAAGACCCAUGUCCGUGCUUAUAAACUGACAUGGAAAAAGUGGUUGGAGAAGAGAGAAUGAGAGGUGUAAAGACCCUGUAAAUGGUGCAAAGGUGGUACACAUAUGCUGGAUGGAGAUCCAUGGAACAUAGACCGGAGAGAUAGGGAGGAGUUAGGUCAGCAGAUGAGGUCAUUUCAUUCAUUCUACACUUACUGAGGUGUUUAAGAAAGUCCUUGGGGGUGAGAGGAUUUGAUUUGCAUUUUGGAUAGGCUUGCCUUUGAUUAUAGAGGACAGAACCUACAGGCUGCAAUUCUCACUUCAUCGCCUCCUCCCUCUGGUACUCCAUAGGGUUCCUCUUAGGUCCGUAGCGCAGUGUCCUUGAGUCCUGAGUCCAUGCCACCCUCCUGGGCAUCAUCUCCCUGGACCAAUCAGAGCCACUCAAGUGAGCUGGAGUUCGUGCUGCUGGGCUUCUCACACGUGCCCUCCCUGCGUCCAAUGCUAGCAGUGCUCUUCCUGGCCGCCUUCCUGCUCACGUUGCUAGGCAACACACUCAUCGUCAUGCUGACCAGCCUGGACCCAGGCCUGCGUGUGCCCAUGUACUUCUUCCUGCGGCAGCUGGCACUGGUGGAGAUCUGCUUCUCACUAGACGUGGCGCCCCGUCUGCUGGUGACCCUGCUGCGGCCUGGACGAGGGAUGUUCCCCAUAAGCUGUGCCCUGCAGCUGCUCCUAGUGCUGUCCUUAGUCACAUCCGAGUGUUUCCUCCUCACGGUCAUGGCCUGGGACCGCUUCCUGGCCAUUUGUAGGCCUCUGCGAUAUGGUGCCAUCAUGAGCUUGAGGCUGUGCCACCUGCUGGCCGCCACCUGCUGGCUUUCAGGAAUACCAGUGGCUCUGGUCUUCACCAUCUGGCUCUUUAAUUUCCCCUUCUGUGGGUCACGGGGCAUCAGGCACUUCUUCUGUGACAUAGCACCUCUGCUGAGCCUGGUGUGUGCAGACACCAGAGUCUUCGAGGCCAACGUGUUUGUAGCCACUGUCCUCGUCAUCAUGGUUCCCUUCUGUCUCAUAGCUACGUCCUACAUCAAUUUGGCUGCUGUCCUUCGGAUGCCAUCAGCCUCUGGGCGCCAAAAGGCCCUGUCCACCUGUGCCUCCCACCUCAUCGUGGUGAUUCUGUUUUAUGGCACAACUGGGGUCAUCCACUUGCGCCCCAAAGCCAGCUACUCUCCUGAGAGCAAGCAAGUGGUGUCCCUGUCAUACACCAUGGUGACCCCCAUGCUCAACCCUCUCAUCUACAGCCUGAGGAACAAGGAGGUCAAGGCCGCCUUCGGGCGUGUGUGCUGUGGCCGGCAAGGGUCUAGAUUCCAUGAGUGAACUCUGUCCUCUACCACCUUUCAGAGUCAAGAAAUUGCUGAGGCCCACUUCCCCUGGUCGGCUUAAUACUCUCACUUUCUUCUAGGGAACCCAUGGCUGCUUCCAUUUUCCUACCCAAGAGAAGGCACGAACACCUCCGAUCAUUGGUUAUUUUAAAUAAAAGUGGAUAAAAAAUCCACUUUACGCCCACUAGAAUGCAUUAACUAGCAUCUUCUGAAAGAAUGUGGUGUAACAAAUCAUUUUCAAAUUUAGCGUCUUAAAGCCUGUAGCUUAUUCUCAGUCACUUUCAAUUGGCUGAGUGUUAGGGUAACCUAGGCUGGACCUACCUUCGUGGCAUGUUUGACAAGGGCUAAUUUUGCUCAUGCAAAUGGGUGUUGAUCAAUGUUAGCAUGCUUUAAAUGAAGAAGAUUCGAUCCACAUACUUCUUUUGAGACCAAAGAGCUGAGUAAGGCAUGGCUUUUCCUACAGUA